GGCGCUGCGCGCCCGCUUCCGGACGGGGGAUGGGGGGUGGCGGUGGCCGCSGCCGCCGCCGGGGAGAGGCGCAGGCAGAGGCGCAGGGAGGGCGCGGAGGAGCCGCAGCGCCCAGAGCCGGCUCGGCGGCACCGCCACUCGGCGGCAGAGCUCCCUCGUGCAUCUGGACACGGUGUCUGUGCCACCUCCACAGAGCAGCUGAUCAUGCUGUGCUCUGGAGUGGCAAGAGCUCAGAAGACAUUUCCUGGCAUUUAAAUGCCCCUCCUGUUUGGUAGGGGGUGCCUCUUGCUGGAUAUCAGAGGUCAGUGUGACUGGUGGAUAGAGAGGGAGGAUGGCAGGCAAUAACCAGCUUUGCAUUCGACGUUGGACUACCAAGAAUGUGGCCAAGUGGCUGAAGGAAGAAGGCUUCUGUGAAUAUGUGGAUGUUUUGUGCAAUAGACACAGGCUAGAUGGAAUUACACUGCUGACACUUACUGAGUAUGAUUUACGAUCCCCUCCUCUGGAAAUCAAAAUCCUGGGGGAUAUCAAGAGGCUGAUGCUGUCCAUACGCAAACUGCAGAAGCAGCAUAUUGACGUCCUGGAAGAGCUGGGUUACACCAGUGACGGUCACGCCGGCAUUGUGUGCCCAAUUGGUUCGCUACAGGGUGCAGAUUGGUUUUGUAAUGGUGAAGUACCUCGGGACUAUGAUGGACUAAUGACUGACUUGAAUGGUGAUCAGUAUCAGUACACAAAUGGAAAAAACAAACAUGCCACACGAAGGCUGGACCCAGAGUACUGGAAGACAGUUUUGAGUUGUGUGUAUGUCUUCAUAGUGUUUGGCUUCACAUCAUUUGUUAUGGUGAUAGUCCACGAACGAGUACCUGACAUGCAAACAUAUCCACCUCUGCCAGACAUAUUUCUAGAUAGCGUCCCUAGAAUACCAUGGGCUUUUGCUAUGACUGAAGUAUGUGGUGUAAUUCUUUGCUACAUUUGGCUCUUGGUUCUUCUGCUUCACAAACACAGAUCUAUACUUCUGCGCAGGCUGUGCAGCCUCAUGGGGACAGUGUUUCUAUUACGUUGCAUCACMAUGUUUGUUACCUCACUCUCCGUGCCAGGCCAGCACUUGCAGUGUACUGGAAAGUUGUAUGGCAAUGUUUGGGCAAAACUCCAGCGGGCAUUUGCAAUAUGGAGUGGCUUUGGAAUGACUCUGACUGGAGUACAUACRUGUGGAGAUUACAUGUUCAGUGGUCACACUGUCGUCCUGACCAUGCUCAACUUCUUUGUCACAGAAUAUACGCCAAGGAGCUGGAACUUCUUGCACACCUUGUCCUGGGUCCUGAAUCUCUUCGGAAUCUUCUUCAUUUUGGCUGCACAUGAACAUUAUUCUAUAGAUGUCUUCAUUGCCUUUUACAUCACUACAAGACUCUUUUUGUAUUACCAUACAUUGGCUAAUACUAGAGCAUAUCAACACAGUAGGAGAGCAAGGAUAUGGUUUCCAAUGUUUUCGUUCUUUGAAUGCAAUGUUAAUGGUACUGUUCCCAAUGAGUACUGCUGGCCUUUUUCAAAACCUACUAUACUAAAAAGAUUAAUAGGUUGAAGAUUGUGUGGGUCAGUUSAGAUUUUUAUGAAGCAUUAUGACUAAGAUCCUACAAGGCGAGCUACAAGGGAGAGGUCAAGUAACAUUUUUCACUCUGUGAUCUCCUCCCUUGCCUUGUUUCUUAGAUUCUUAGCCAUAAAAUGGGGCUACAGGGAURUGUUUUGUUUUCUCUUUGUGAAAAUAGAAAACAAUGCAGGGAUGGGUAAAGGCUAUUCAGUGAAGCACGARUAUAAACCAGAAUACUGUUACCCUUGGUAAGGUUCUGUGUGAAUGUUUAUGGAAUGCUAAUCUCAAAUAUGUGCUUGUUUUGAAUAUAAUACACCCUUUACAGGUCCAGAUUAUCUCUGUUACCCAAGUACCAGCCUUUACAAAUACUGACAAAAAAAUCGAACUUUAUGAAGCCUUUAUUUUAAAACAGUCAUAAAUGUAAUUUUCAAAACAAACUGUCUAUACUUAAAGAUUGAGGAAGUCUGUGUUAUAAUGAAGAAAGCAGUAUAGUUCCUUGCUGAGAGGGUCUCUUAACUGUUAAAUUACAAGUCUUGACAGUAUAAAUGGUCUGCAUACAGGUUGCCAAAAACAAAAGUCUGCCUUGUGGCUGUGCAGUGAUGAUAUUUUUUUAAUGAGAACUUCUUUAGAAUAGUCUUUCAGUUGUCUUUAUGGUUGUUCUAGCACUUGGAAGUUUUCCCUUUUGUGUUUAAAUGAGUUAAAGUGGAACAUCCACUGAAAGUAAACUUAGCUUUAGUGAAUUUAAAGCCACAAAAUAACUUUAGUGUGGUCUUAAUUGCUUUAUACCCAAACCCAUGCAUGCUUUUCAAGAGCAGUUCUUUAACAUUGGAAAAACAGAACAGUUGUCUUCUUGUAUCUUACUGUCCUGUAAAUGGAUGGGGAAAAUGCAUGUAGUAACUCUUCCAGGAAUAGUAACAAUAGUGAGUAUUGGAAAUAGUGCUCAUGUUGAUGUAUGUUUUAGCACUCUGGUGUCAACAAUAUGAUGAAUAUCUCUGGAUAUAUAUAUGCACAGUAUAUUUGUUUAUAUAUAUAUGUUUUUCUAGCAAGUAUGAAAAGAGACUAGUUCUUAAAUUAAGUCAUUUACUACACUGAAAGACAGAAGUACCAUARACAGUUGAGUUUUGCUUGUUGAAAAAACCAAGCCACCACCCACAACAAAAUCCCCGAAGACCUCAGACCAACACUCCAAGUCCAUAAUGCAUAAGCAAGGGUCACACAAGGGUUGGUGAUCUCUURGGUGGUGGAUUGUAAGGGGACAUACUAAUGUUGUCUGUGGAAACUUGAAAUUAGAAUUGUUCUAAAUGAAAACUGAUAGGUACAAGGUACAAAUCAUAAAAAUGGUGUAGACCUUUUAAUUUGGUUAUUGCAAUUUCAGAACAGGUAAGAGAUGCAAAAGGUAGUGUAAGUCAGCUUUAGAAAGUUACACAAAGCAUUUCCAACUUGGUACAAGCUGACUAAAUGGGCACAAUGUACUUGUGUGUGCAUAGAAAUGAAUCCAUUUGGAAUUGGCAAGGUUUUGUAUUUGGAGUCUUGUAACCUGCUGUGGGCUACUCCUUGCUAUUUGUUCMUUUUAUAAACCUUGAUUGUACUAACUUAACUACCUUACACUCUUCGUAAUAUAUUACUUUUAUAACUUAAUUUAGCUCCUGUUCCACAGAGGAAUUAUGAAUCUUGGACUMUCUCUGCCAACUGUAUCGAGCAUAUGUACAUUGUACUAUUCCAGAGAUUUUUAUAUUUGUAACAUUCCAAUUUUUUARCAAAAUUGCAGGUUUAUUACUAUAUUGUUCAAUCUACUGCAGUCUGAUGGCUCUUGCCAUCCAAAUUGGGGGAGUAUACUUACACUUAAAAAAAAAAGGAGAAAAUAUUCUGAAAGAUUUAAGGACUUGCCAUUUGCUGCUCUUAACUUUCUGAUUUCAGAAAGGCAAUUUGAACAUUCCUCUUGAGACUUUAUAAUGAAAGAGCUCUAUUUAUUAAUUUAUAUUUGCCUUUGCAAUGCACACAAUUAUGAAUGCUAUUUUUCUAAACUCUAGGAAACCUCUGUUCUCAGGAUGUGCAGGAUUGUAAUCUGAUUUACAUGGAGAGGUAUGCAAUUAAACUUGCAAAGCUGUUGAUUCUGACAAUAACCAUUUGAGUGGUAACUGGCAUAACUGCAUCUAAACUGAAAUAGAAUUUUACAACUUAGACAUGCAGGAGAAUUUUCAAGUACAGCCCAGUGUAACAAUGUUUACAUAAAGUAAAGCUAUCAUUUCAAUUUUUUUUAAAUGAAGUUCAUAUACUUUGAAAUGUAAGAAUUCUCUCUUUGUUCUAAUUUAAUUUUUCAAAUUCUGUUAAGUAAAUUGUGUUCUAAAUCAGCCUUAUCUAUCACUAUUUCUUAAAAGAAGCUUGUUCUUUUGUGCCGUUUCCCUUGAUGUUAAAUAUCUGAGUCCUAGAUAAGUAAUAUAAAAAGCCUGGUAUUGUUAGCAUUGGAGUGGGUUAAAACAUUGUCAGGAUAAUUGUCCUUUGCUAUUUUGGAAGUUCAUUUUGUCUGUCUGUAAACGUGCAAGAGGAAAGCUUGACAUUGAUAGAAGACAGAAAAUUCUGAUCUCGCGUGCAAAAGCACAGGUCGGACUGUAAAGUUGGGAAUGUGAUYUUUAUUGUUCAUUAAAUGGAAACAAAUUGCAGGUAACUGAUAGGCUUAACAUUUUGUACCUCCUGAAAGAGUCAGUGUUUUAAAAGCAUUUUGCUGCUUCUGUUGCUGACAAGCACUUUCAAGUAAAGGCAGCAGAGCACCAUUGGGCCUUGGAYUUAAUGCUAAGUAUGUUCAGGGGUGUCUUCCUUUGUGUUCACACACCAGUCUUUUUGCUCUCCUUUAACAUGUUGCACCUCUUUUGUGCUAAGUUGUCUUCUGUGGUCUCUGUGAGUGCCCACAUAAUCUGAAUUCAGAGUARUGAAUGAAUUACCGUGUAAUGCCAGUAAGUACAAGUGUCCUAACAACAUUAAUACUACGAAGUGCACAAAUUAAUCAAGUAGCAAAGUCUGAAAUUAAUAACUGUAUAUACAAAAGAAGGGAAGGGUCACAUUUUUUUGCUAGCUUAGCAAAUUUAGUAAUAUUUGAGGCUUGGCAAUAGGGUUGAGCUCUUCCUUAUUAGUUUGGGGAUCUGUAUGCACAUACCUGCAAGUGAUAGCUCUUCCCCCACCCUUUUUCUUUGUAUUUUU